CCGGGAAAACGUCCUGCUCAGAGAUCCAGACCCAAGCCUCACCAGUCUGCUGCUUCUCACUCCCUCCUCUUAGCUCUGAAACAGCGUCGCCUGCGUUUCAGAUCGGCGUCCGGCUUUCCUCGGGGCUGUUUCGGCUCUGACUCGAGGAUCGAACCCCUUGAGAGCCCAGCUCGGCUUCCUGGUCGGAGGCUGGAGAGAACCACAGGUCCUGAACUGCCCGGAAGUAAGAUCCGUGUGCACUGAGGAAGCCGUUGGAAGUUUCAUCCCCACAGGAGGCUGCAAGGGAGAGUGUUGGUAUAUGAGUGAAAUCUGAAAUAAGGACGAUUUCCCUCACGGGUCCGCUGGUGUAGUGCAGGCACAGGGCAGCAGCAGGAAGAGCUCGACGCUGCAGGACUCUCCUGUCCGCAGCCCAGGAUGGUGGACAACCGAUUCGCCACGGCGCUGGUGAUCGGCAGCCUGCUCAGCCUGCUGUCGGCCGUCUACCUGUGCGUGGCGCUGGGCACAGACAACUGGUACGAGUACCGCAGCCCGCCAGCAGAGGGCAACGCCUCGGAGCUGCACGAGGAGUUCGUGUCGGACGACGCCGACGAGAAGGCCUACAGCGACACGCUCUUCCGGCUGAACGGCACCCUGGGACUGUGGAGGAGGUGCAUCGUGGUGCACGGCGAGGCGCACUGGUACAAGGCACCAGACCCGAAGAUGGUGACUAAAUGUGUCAGCUUCUCUCUGGUCAACCUCUUCACUCCAAAAUACAGUGAGCCGGGCAAUCACAACAGCGGAGAGGACCUGCUGCGCACCUGUGUCUGUACCCUGGGCAGUGUGUGCUGCUAUGUGGUGGGUGUCCAGCUGCUCCACAGGUCUCUGUCGGGGCUGCCGGACGGGGUGGAGGGCUCUGUGGGCUGGUCUCUGUGUCUGGCCGCAGUGGCGGCUCCUCUCCAGAUGAUGGCAGCAGCGCUCCUGAUCUGGGCGGCCCGCACGAACCGGCUGGAGUACUCCCGCAUGAGGGCCUACAGGGUGGCCUGAGAGAGGCCCACGGCGUCCGCUCUGUCCUCGGGGUGAACGUUCGAGCCCCUCUGGAAGUUAUCUCACUAAUCUCACUCCCCUGUGUUUCAAACCUGUGUGCAUUGUGCUUCUUCAGGCUUUUAUUUAUUGUUUUGUUGGGGGUGUUUUGCUUUAGACUGUCCACAUUUUAUAUGAAGGUUUUUUUUAAAGAUUUUUUGCCACUAAAUACUAAAUAUUUUAUCUUUUUAUUGUCAUCGUUGAUAAUAUUUGCUUCCCAGUGCUGUGUUUUUUUUUUUUAGAUUUUAGAUUUUGUUUGAUCUGCAUCUCAUUGCUCUGUGGACCCCCUGAUUUCUUUCCAUAGUGGUGUGUUAGACACUCCUGUAAUGACCCUGGGAAUCUCCUGAACACUGAGAAAGUGCCCGUCUGUGUGUGUCUGUGCUUGUCUCUGCCCUGCCUCCCUUGUGGGAGGCCUGUCUCCGUCU